UUGACAGCUAUGCAACGAUAUAAACAAAAUUACAGAAAAAAGCGAAAAGAAUUGCUAAAUAAAUUAACAACCAACAGUUUCCCACGGGUUCAAGUGACUUAACAAACCUGCAGUGUAGAUAGAUAGCAUUAAAACGUCUUAGUUAAGAGAGAAAACAAUGCAGUGUACAACAUUGCCCGGGCGUUCGCAUCAACUCUGAAAUCGAACACGCAGACCAAAGAGGACACGCUCAAAAAUCGAUGACAACAAUCGCGUUCAACAGCAAUUGCGCUCGUUGCUUACAAAUUAGUGUUUGAUAGCGAAAUUUCCUAUCAAUCCAAAUCAAUGUUAAGCUAGGAAACCGUGAACGUGCUGUAUACGAAUCCUAAAAAUGGCCAGUACUACCAUGGCCAGAGGCAGAAAACCCUCUGCCAGCUCUAUCGCACCCAAAAGUAACCAUAUGGAUACGGAAAGUGAUGAACAGGAGUACACAGCUCUUAGCCGCAAGCUUCAAAGCAAGGUAGAAGCACUGAAAAUCAUGCGCUACGAGCUCGAAAAAUGUCGCACGGAACGGGACCAGUUUAAGCUGAUGGCCGAAACGAUCCAGCUACGAUACUCGGCCAUCAAGAACAGCCUGAACGCACCCGACUUUCAAGCGGCCGGAUUCGGCAACAGUUCCGCCGUCAGUCUGCUGGUCAAACAAACGCGCGAACGGAACGAAUCACUAACGACCGAGGUAGAAUCGCUCAAGCAGCGACUGUUCGAUCUCGAGGGUGACAUCAAGGUGGUGCGGGCCAGAAACGUCGAGCUGCAGGACAUCUGCUCAAAGCUACGGGCCACCAACGAAUCGCUACUCACGGCCAACGGGGACAAGACGUGGCAGGCCGAAAAAUCACAACUAAUCGCACAGCUCGAACAACUGCGGAAGCGUAACGCACAGCUGCAGUACGACUUUCGAUCGCUGCUGGACGAAAAGGAAGAAACCGUUACGGAGCGUGACGCUUACAAGUGUAAAGCCCACCGACUGAACCACGAGCUGACCGUUGCGCUGCGAGGAGCCGGUGGAACCUCCCAGACCCUGCUCGAUAUUGACGGGCUAAUACUGGAGAAUAAGUAUCAGGCGGAAAAGAUCGCCAACAUCGAAAACGAACUAAGUCUCGCGCGGCAAGCAGCUAGCAAGUAUAAGUCCAUGCUGGAAACGAACCGGAAGAAGGGCAUUAUCAAACUUGGCACUAACAACAAUAACAAAACGAUCAUGUCCCAUUCGCAAGUGAAACACCUGCUAGAGAAUGGAACCGUCGAUGAGCUGCCGCUUAGAGCGGCCACAAUAUCCGAUCUGAAAUCACUCUGCCUAGCGCUGCUGGAUAAUGUGAACGACAAAAGUCUCGCACUUUCGCACCAAAAGAAGACAAAUAAGUUGUUGGCUACUAAAAUAGCUGAACUGGAGCGUCACAUCAAAACGCUAGCGGGCAGUGACGAUCGGACGACCAUGGCGAGCCUAUCGCCCUCGCAGUAUCUGCUGAACGGAUACAGCUCGGCCACCGUCGAUCAGGACCAAGACGGUGAUAUUAUUGUGCGGCAUCGACCGGAAACAGCGGAACUCACCGCCCAAGGAUCACCGAUAGGACCGGCGGAGGGUAACAGUUCGAGCGGUCCAUCGCACAGUGGUCAACGCACGGAACCGUCCAGUUCGAACAAAAGUUGCGUACUGAGUUGCUCCGACGACGACGAGGAGGACGAUGAAGAUGCUGGCCGCUGCACGGGCGAUAGUGCAACCACCAACACCUCCAACACGGAAGAGCUACAGGCGGCAAUCGCGCAACUGGUGGCGUCCGUCGAGCGUGAUCUUAACACCGACGAACAGCUACCUCAGCUGCCGGACGAUAUUGCGGCCCUGAUCGAACAGUUCAAAGCGACGGACAGUGAACAUGUGUCCUAAACCGCCGCCGGUGCAGGAUCGGCCAUCUCGUUGAUUGGUUUUGCGAAUCGUUUUUUCUCCUGGCGCUCUAAAAUACACCUAUCCGAUGCUAUCAACACGCCGUUACUUUCCUCCUUACCAUAGCACUAUGCUUCACGAGUGUGGCCAUUAUGUGGUGACCGAACCUGGUUCACGUGACAUUAAGUUCCGCGAGCGAAAUAAUCUCUGAUUCAAAAGAAAACCGUUUUGAAAAACAAUUGUUAUGAAUAAUAAACACAUGAACAAAAACCAAUCU